GGGACUGAGGGGCACAGCGGGACCAUGGCUCGCAACGCGGAGAAGGCCAUGACAGCCUUGGCAAGAUUUCGGCGAGCCCAGCUUGAGGAAAGAAAAGUCAAGGAGCGAAGGCCUUUCCUUGCAUCAGAGUGUAAUGAGCUGCCCAAAGCUGAGAAAUGGAGGAGACAGAUCAUUGGGGAGAUUUCUAAGAAAGUGGCACAGAUCCAAAAUGCUGGAUUGGGUGAAUUCAGAAUUCGGGACCUGAAUGAUGAAAUCAACAAACUUCUGAGGGAGAAAGGACACUGGGAAUACAGAAUAAAGGAGCUGGGAGGUCCUGAUUAUGCUAGGAUUGGCCCGAGAAUGUUAGAUCAUGAAGGAAAAGAAGUUCCAGGAAACAGAGGCUACAAAUACUUCGGGGCUGCAAAGGACUUGCUAGGAGUUAGAGAGCUUUUUGAAAAGGAACCCCUGCCACCCCCACGGAAGACUUGGGCUGAGCUUAUGAAGGACAUAGACGCUGAGUACUAUGGCUACAUGGAUGAAGAUGAUGGGAUUCUGGAGCCCCUGGAGCAGGAACAUGAAAAGAAAGUUAUAGCAGAAGCAGUGGAAAAAUGGAAGAUGGAGAGAGAAGCACGACUUGCAAGAGGUGAGGAGGAGGAGGAGGAAGAAAACAUAUAUGCUGUCCACGAGGAAGAGUCUAAUGACGAAAGUGGCAAGGAGAGAGAAGGUGAAGCUGGCCAACAGAAAUUUGUUGCACAUGUUCCAGUGCCAACUCAACAGGAGAUUGAGAAAGCUCUUGUACAAAGAAAGAAGAUGGAGCUGCUCCAGAAGUAUGCCAGUGAAACCCUUCUGGCACAGAGUGAGGAGGCGAAGACACUUUUAGGAUUGUAA